ACCUAUAGUUGACAUAACGAAGCUUAUCUAAUAUUCUCAAAACUGGCAAAACAAAAGCUAAUCAGUUCAUACACCUGGUUUUUAGACAUCUUAGAGACAUCUAAUCAGCUGAUUUCAAGUUAAGCUUAUAAAUAAAUAAAGAAGACUAAUUCUCAUUAAAUACAAAAGAAACCAGAAACAUUGUGCCCGUAAUGAAAUGAGAAUAUCUGACUACUAAAAUAUUCUGUAAUAAUUAAUUACUUCAUCUAAGAAAAUUGUUAGUUAGGUUAUACUUUGUUUACUUCAAAUAAUAAUGGAAUCAAGGGGAGAGACUUCAGAAUUACAACAAUUGGUUUCAAGUGAUGUAGACGGAGAAUAUGACGACAGCAUUACUCAAGAUGAAGGACUGAUUGAAAGUAAAGUGGUAUCACCAGUUCGAAGUAAUAAGAUUUCUUCAUCAGGUAAUACCAGUCAUAGUUCGAUCAACAGAUCCACAGGGAAAAAUUUCAAUACCAAAAUAUAUUAUGUAAAUGAAAGAAAACCAUAUCGUGAUAAUAACAAAAAUAACGCAGCUAGGCCUAGACAUCCCCAUAAAGAUAAUACGGUUAAACAUCAUUGUUUCAUCUCUGAAGUGCCAGAUGUCAGGCAUAUGGAGAAAGCUCUAUUGGAUUUAUUGAGUGAUUUUAAUUCUGGAAAGCUGAGGGCAUUUGGAAGUGGACAUACAAUGGCACAAAUGACAGAUAUAAGGGAACAACAAGAGAAACUUGCCAAACUCCAUUUUGAUUUAAGUGGGAGUCCAGAUCCAUCACUGAGCAACACAAGUAUAGCUAGAUCUCAGAAUGCCAUGAGUGAAUUAAUCCAAAGAUUGGAGCAGUUGAGUGUUUCUAUAGAAGGAUUACAUAGUAAUAAUAAAAGUUAAUGACAAGAUUCUUUUGUAAAAGAUGUUUAUCAAUUAUAUUUAUAUUACACAA